AUGUCGAAGCCCGAAUCAUCACAGCCGCCCGUCCAGGCCCAGAAUGCGGCCAAAUCAGCACUAGACAAUGCCGUUCCAUUUCUAGUAGGAGGAGCCUCUGGAAUCAUUGCCAUCACAUGCGUGCAUCCUAUAGGUAGGAGCCAAUGGCGAUAGCCUCAAACAGCAAGGUCUGACGCUUUUCAAGACACGGUCAAAGUCCGUCUCCAGCUCCUCGGCGAAGGAGCAAAGGGAGCGAAGGCUGCCUCACCUCUCCAAGUAGCUCGCCAAAUCGUUGCUGAGAACGGUCCUUCUGGUCUGUAUGCCGGGAUAUCAGCAGCUUGGCUUCGACAAGCCUCGUAUGCGACGCUUCGUCUUGGCUUCUUCGAUCGCUUCCUCGCCAUCUUCGCCGACCGAGCAAAGAGCAAGGGAAAUGAGAUCACUUUCCUAGAAAGAGCGACGGCAUCAUUAUGUGCUGGAGGAUUGGCUGCGGCAAUGGCCAAUCCAGCAGAGGUCGGACUGAUCCGCAUGCAGUCUGACGGUAUGAAGCCGCCUGCUGAGCGAGCGAAUUACAGAUCGGUGGUCGAUGCGCUCAUUCGGGUCAGUCGAAACGAGGGUAUCUUUGCUCUAUGGCAAGGCUCAUAUCCCACCAUCAUCCGAGCCAUGGCGACGAAUUUUGGGCAGCUCGCUUUCUUCUCAGAGUCCAAGGCGCAGCUCAAGAGGCGCACAACUCUUUCGGACCGAAAUGUCACGUUCGCAGCGUCGACUAUCGGAGGAUUCUUUGCGGCGUUCUUCAGUCUGCCGUUCGAUUUCCUGAAGACGAGGUUGCAGCGAGGUGGGCAUGCGUACAAGGGCGUCUUCGAUUGUGCGGCGAAGGUCGCGAAGGAGGAAGGAUUGCUGAGGUUCUAUCGCGGGUUUGGGACGUAUUUCUUCCGCAUUGCUCCUUUUACGUGA